UUCAGCUCCAAAUAUGAUUGCCUUUUGAGGUGCAGAGGUUAGGACUUCAACAUACAGACUAGGGGUGUUGGCUGAGAAUGUUCAGCUCUAAAGGAUUCCCAAAGGAUUAGAAUUUGAGAUUAGUUGGGAAAGGAGUUUGGCACAAUCUAGGAUGAUUCAGGUGGUCAGGUGGGCAGAUUGUGUCUCUGGGACAGAAACAGGAAAAAGCCACAGUAGGUAGCUAAAGAAUUUUAAAAGUAGUCUGAAUACAGAUGUCUAUAGAGGCUUAAAGGCCAUUUAUUAAAGAUUUUGUAUUUUAGCCUGUUUUAACUAGGACAGAGACUAUAACAUUAUUCAGUCUUUUCAUCAUAACGAAACAUUACAUCAAGACGGUUCCUGAGCUCCCUCUGCACUCCUGAGGUCUACACCAGCCAUCACACUUCUCUCUCCAUCAAGAUAUUUAGCACUGUGAAAUCAACUUUUGGGGUUUCCUUAUCUCUAGACACUGGGGCUUUAUGUCUUGAUUACCCAUGUGUUCAGAUAAAUUUAAUCAUGCCUUGUGCAUGGAAAGAGCCAGUGAGCAAGCUGCAUUCAUGGAAGAGAUUGUGUGCUGGGACACUAAUGAAAGCCUUGCUUGAGAAAUCUAGCAUAUGAAGGAUGAACAUGAAAGGCAGAACAGGAGCAGGCAGCAUGCAGAAAUAUGCCAGAAUAAAAACUAGCUAACUGGUUGAAAAGGGAAUUUAUUGAAAACAAUACAUGAUUAUUCUUGAGGUUUGAGGAAAAUCUUUAAAAAAACCAAAACAACAACAACAACAACAACAACAACAACAACAAAAAACCCUUGGAUUACGAAGGACAAAACCAAACCACUUGCUGGAAUGUACGAGUCAGGCACUAGCACAUUGAAUUUUCAGACCACACUGAGAUCCAUCAGUCAGUUCCACUCAGCUGUUGUUGCCUUUGUCUUGUCAUCAACCAUAGUCUAGGCAGAAAGUUUCUAGUUGGCCUGGUUUUGGGGGUAUGCCUAUAACCAUCAGCUUGCACUUGCUAGGCAAGAGUGUUCUUCAAAGCAACACAGAGGGUCACUGCGGAAGGAGCAAUAGCUGCUGGGUGGCCAGAACAGAUCAGCAGAGACUGCUUGUUUGCAGUCCUGGCUGAGGCUGACAAUCUGCCCUUGAACCAAAUUUGAACUAGUGAGAGGGAGGCUGAAAUGUGUUGAAGUAGAAUACAGUAACUUGAUACCAUGAAGGAUCCUCUUAGCCAAUCUGGCUUUGAAACCUGAGACACUUUAGAUAAUUUCUGGAUGUCUGCAGUGUUACCAGGUGAGUGAUGAUAAGAUCAAGUGGAGAGAGAGAGGACUAAAUCCAGAAGUGAGGGCUUGGGGAUGAGCUGUGUGUAUGUAGUCAGGUGUUGGAUGUUCACCUGUGUCACCAGCAUCCCUAGAGUUCCAGGAUCAGGUUAGGUUUUGGUAAGCACUCUCCAACAUUGCAAAGGGGCAGUGUUUACAGAGCUUAGCCUGAAGUUCGUAGAGGGACAUUUCCCACAGAGCUGUUACUGUGAGUUUUUUGGACUAGUCCCAGAGCCUAGCUCAUUUGUAAUGAUCUUUAGUUAUGGAACCAUUUUCUUAAAUUGAAAUAGGGGAAAUCAUUUUGAAUCAUCUCCAUCUCCUCACCUCCCUUCGUGGUAUCUGUUGAGUUUCUGACUGUGUGCUUCCCUUUCUUAUGCAUCUAUCCCCAGAAUACUCUGCUUCAAAAUGGCCUGCCUUCCUUAAACCCCAAAGUCCUCCUUCUGUGUAACAUAAGAAUAGAAAUACUUGGGUUUAAUUAGUUUAUAUUAAGAUAUAGAUGUCUCACUUCAGCAUCUAGUGUAUUAAAGGCAUUUGUGUGAUGGCAUGAAGUAAUUUCAUUGAGUCUAGCUGUGAGGGGCUCUAGAGUCCUUUGCGGGAGUUGACUUGAGGCCAGGGUAAACUUUAAAAGAUUUUAAGCCUGGGCCAAUCAGAUAAUAUUCUUGGAAGUUCUGAGCCUUUGGUUUUGACUUCAAUAUCAAGUGAGUCCCAGGCCCUCUCAGAUGUCCCACCAGUCACUCACUCAUCCACCCUCCCACCUCCUGGCCACAUUGAUAGCCUCCUGAUAUGAGUGUUCUUCCAUACUCUGUGCCUUCUUUAUCACAUUGUUGUCUGCCCAGUCACAGGAAUGUGAGGUGCAGGAGAACAGGAAGCCAGCCAGCAAGCUCACCUCUCAUCAUCAGCACCUCUUACGAUGCACAGUGUACAGCGGGCUCCCAAACACUCGGGAGAGGAAGAGAGAAGGAAGAUGUGUACUUGCCAGAUAAACUGCAGGAUGGAGGGACUGCUGCAUUACAUCAACCCAGCACAUGCCAUCUCUCUGCUCAGUGCCCUCAAUGAGGAACGCCUCAAGGGACAGCUGUGUGAUGUACUCCUGAUUGUUGGGGACCAGAAGUUCCGAGCUCAUAAGAACGUCUUGGCUGCCAGCAGUGAGUACUUCCAGAGUUUAUUCACGAAUAAGGAGAACGAGGCACAGACUGUCUUUCAGCUGGACUUCUGUGAGCCUGAUGCUUUUGACAACGUUCUGAACUACAUUUAUUCUUCCUCCCUUUUUGUGGAGAAGGGCAGCCUUGCUGCUGUGCAGGAGCUGGGGUAUAGCCUUGGUAUCUCCUUCCUGACCAACAUCGUUGCCAAAGCCCCUCAGGCUCCUUUUCCAGCCUGUCCCAACAGGAAAAGAGUGCCGGUGGAAGAUGAUGAGACCAGCUCUCAAAAGCGAAGUGUCAUCGUGUGUCAGGGCAGAAGCGAAGUGCCAGGGAAAGCCAGUGGUCCAACUGUGCAGGACCUCAGCCUUGCUGCCCGGGCUUCCCCGAGUGGUGCAGUCAAGACCAGCACCAGUAAGCCACAUGUGGCCAAGCCGCCAGAGCAGCUUCACAGUCUGUCCUUAACUGAAAAGAACUGGCCGAAGGACAGUGCUGCGGUAUUUGCAAAGUCUUUGGAACAGCCUGGGGCUUUGGAUGAUCCUAACAGGGGCAGUUUGGUUAAGAGAAAUGCAGUCCUACCCCCAAAACCUUCACAAGACAGGGAGGCCACGGACGAUAAGCCUGGGGUGAGCAGCCAGCUUCCCAAGGGGAAGGCUAUAGAGCUGGCUUUGAAGAGACCACGGCCACCUGUUCUGUCUCUUCGUAGCUCAUCAGAGACUCCAUAUCUCUUAAAAGAAACUAGCAAAGGAGGUGGUCAAGGGGAGGAUAGGAACUUGCUCUACUACUCUAAGCUAGGCCUGGUGGUUCCAUCCAGUGGGCCUGCUUCUGCAAACCAGAGCAUUGACAGAAGUGGCCCAUUAGUGAAAAGCCUCCUCAGGCGGUCACUGUCUAUGGACAGCCAGGUUCCUGUUUACUCUCCCUCUAUAGAUUUGAAGUUAUCCCAGGGAUCAUCCACAGCAGCAAAUGAGGCACCAGGCAGUGUGUUCUGUGCAGUGUCUCAAAAGUCAUCUUUAAAAGAUGGCAGUGAGAAAAAAGCCCUGGAUGACAGGCCUCAAGCUCUCCAGCCUCAUCGCCUCAGGUCCUUUAGUGCUUCUCAGUCAACAGACAGGGAGGGGACCUCCCCUGUGACUGAGGUGCGCAUUAAGACUGAGCCUAGCAGCCCUCUGUCGGACCCUUCAGACAUCAUCCGGGUCACCGUGGGAGAUGCAGCGACGGCUACAAGAGACCUGCCCCUCAAAGCAGAGGAAGACCAGAGGGAUAUUAGCAGACUCCCAGCAAAGAGAAGGUUCCAGGCAGACAGACGGUCACCCUUGAAGAAAGCAAGGGCAAAUGAGCAUGGGCCUUCUGUCUCAGAAGAGAACUGUGAGGAGGACAGGAGCCCUCCUUCCCUUGACAGCAACUUCCCAGAUUCUGAAUUAAACAGAGAGGAGUUUGGUGAGUUGGAGGGGACGAGACCAAACAAAAAAUUUAAAUGCAAACAUUGCCUUAAGAUUUUUAGAUCAACCGCGGGUCUUCACCGCCAUGUUAACAUGUACCAUAACCCAGAGAAGCCUUACACUUGUGACAUCUGUCACAAGAGGUUUCAUACCAACUUCAAAGUGUGGACACACUGUCAGACCCAACACGGCAUAGUGAAGAACCCAUCGCCAGCCUCUAGUUCCCAUGCAGUUUUGGAUGAGAAAUUCCAAAGAAAACUGAUUGACAUAGUGAGAGAGAGGGAGAUUAAGAAGGCCCUGAUCAUUAAGCUGAGGCGCAGCAAGCCUGGCUUCCAGGGACAGAGUAGCUCCCCAGCACAGCAAGUCAUCAAGAGGAACUUGCGCUCCCGAGCCAAAGGGGCCUACAUUUGUGCCUUCUGUGGCAAGGCAUACCGUUUUCUCUCUCAGUUUAAGCAGCACAUAAAGAUGCACCCGGGAGAGAGGCCCCUCGGAGUGAGCAGAGCUGCUAAGCCGAAAGAGCGGGCUCUGGCACGCGCGGUAGAGAGCAAGGAGGUUUACCCGUGCCGCCUCUGUAAUGCUAAGCUCUCUUCUCUUCUAGAGCAAGGCAGCCACGAGCGCGUGUGCCGGAACGCCACCGUUUGCCCUUACUGCAGCCUCAGGUUCUUCUCCCCCGCGCUGAAGCAGGAGCAUGAGGACAGGUGUGAGUACAAAAAGCUGACCUGCCUGGAGUGUAUGCGCACCUUCAAGUCUUCCUUCAGCAUCUGGCGGCACCAGGUGGAAGUGCACAACCAGAACAACAUGGCUUCAGCAGAGAACGUCUCCUUGCCCACCCUGGACCACAACGGUGAAGUGGCAGCUGCUUCCAGGCCUCAGGCUGAGCCUACCAAGGUAAACCAUGUGGCUGCUCCAAAAGAGGACACAGCGUUUAGUGACUCUUCAGAGCAAGUGAACUUCGAUUCUGAGGAUUCCUCCUGCCUCCCUGAAGACUUGAGUCUUUCAAAGCAACUGAAAGUCCAAGUCAAAGAGGAGCCUGUAGAGGAGGCUGAGGAGGAGGCUCCUGAGGCCAGUGCAGCUCCCAGGGAGGCUGGCCCCAGCAAGGAGGCUGGUCUGUGGCCUUGUGAGAAAUGUGGGAAGAUGUUCACAGCACACAAGCAGCUGGAGCGACACCAGGAGCUGCUGUGUUCCGUGAAGCCCUUCAUCUGCCAUGUGUGCCACAAAGCCUUCCGUACCAACUUCCGGCUUUGGAGUCACUUCCAGUCCCACAUGUCUCAGGCCACAGAGGAGCCUGCACAGAAAGAGGCUGAGGUGUGUCCUUUGCCCACAAACUCCCCAUCACCACCACCUCUGCCACCUCCACCACCCUUGCCCAAGAUCCAGCCCCUGGAGCCGGACAGCCCCACAGGCCUUCCUGAGAACCCAACCUCAGCCACAGAGAAGCUGUUUGCACCCCAGGAGUCAGACACCCUUUUCUACCACGCUCCUCCCCUUUCAGCAAUCACAUUUAAAAGACAGUUCAUGUGCAAGCUCUGCCAUAGGACAUUCAAGACCGCGUUCAGUCUUUGGAGUCAUGAGCAGACACACAAUUAAGUGACUUACCCCUCUCACCUGUCAGAAAACAUCAGGCCCCUGGCUUGUGAACUGUGUCCUCAGACAACAUUUAAAAAAUAAUAAUAAUAAAGGUUGGAAAUUGUAUGAAUUUUAGGUUUGGGAUAAAUUGAUAUUGGCUUGGAAUGUCCUUAUAGCUUCAGAAACAAACUCUGAAAUAUUGUGGUUCUGGACCUCAGUCAGCAGGGGUUUGAUCCUGUUACUGUUGAAGUUGGGUUACUGUUGGUGAAUUGCAUGGUUCCUCAUUCCAAGGUGUCACUAUAAUGACUUGAUUGAGGUUUUUGGCUUUUGUUUUCUGGGUAGUGGGAUACUAGGGUAUUGUUGGGUUUUUGGUUUGGGGUUUUUUAAUUUAUUAUUUCAGACACCUAAGUUUGAGGUAACCCUUAGCUCUGUUUCUAAGGCCAAAAACAUAUGAGGAAGAAAGGGAGUUGUUUGCAGUAUUGAGUCAGAUUUUAGAAUACCUUAGCAAUAAGAAAAGACAAACCCCAACUUUAGUAAAUUAUCCUGACACUUGAUAAGACAAAUAUUUGGUAUUUUGUGGUCCUUAGAAACUUUCUUUUUGUAUGAAAAUUGUGAGAAUUUAAAUCAGCAAUAGUCACAAUUAGAUUUUUUUAUAACAAGCUGUCAAUCACUUCGAGAAAUGGAAGCAUGUUUGUGAAGUGCUCAACAGUCAGCAGAUUAGUUGUGAAAGCCGCUGACCUCUGUGGUAUGCCCUCUGCAUUCUAGCAGCUUUCAACUUGCUCUUUAUAGCUGACAGUGCUUGGUCUCCACCAGCUUGAAACUCGGGUGUCCUUGGGAUAGGCAGUGUUAGCCAGCAUGAAGUUAUCAGUGCACAGCCUCACCACACCCUGGACCACCAUUCCUUCUAGGGGCUUCAGAGGUUGGAGGAAGUGCCACAUUGCAGCUUCCAUGUGCUUUCCAAGGACUGUAUGCACAACACACACAUUUCUGCCUGGAGUAUUGAAGUGGAUAGCACUGAAAAUGUCACUAUCUGACAUGCAAACGUGUAUGAAAGCACUAGCAAAGGUCCAAAAUUAGUUUUUGCAACUUGAUUUGGUACUUAGGGUUUGGGUUUCUUUCUUCUUCUUCUUCUUCUUCUUCUUCUUCUUCUUCUUCU